UGUUAGCUGAUGUGGACUUAAACUACCACAGUUUGGAUUUUUGUUUAAUAAAAUAAAGCCAAAUACAAUUUUACUCAUUUAAACUGUAUACAAAGUGGACAAAAUGAGUUUAUCUGAUAUCUCAAGCAAAUUCACUGAGGCGGUGUUGGAGGACAUCAUUAAGAAAGCUGGAGGCACUAAAUAUACCUCACACAAAUUUGGCAAGGGUUUUAAAAAAGGCGAUUCCUAUUUGAGCCGUGUCUUCCGCUUGUGUGUGUAUGGUAUAAACGAGGACAGUGGCUCCAAUAUCGAAGUUAACCUGAUAUGCAAAGGCAUGCCGGACAAUAUGGCCCGCCGCAAAGUAUUUCGCUCUGCAGACUUUUUCCGCAACGAAAUAAAUUUUUAUAAUAAAAUUGUCCCUGCUUGGGAGGAAUUCCAAAGUCGUCAUAAACCGAAAAAUCCUUUUAAUGAAUAUCCCAUAUGCUAUGCUACGCACUGUGAUGGAGAAAAUGAUUUUGUGGCAUUACAAGAUGUCAGUUUUUUGGGUUAUGGCUCACCCGAUCGUCAGGGUUAUAUUAGCCUGGAGGAAUGUCUGCUGACUAUGCGCACCUUGGGUAGAUUCCAUGGCAUAACUUUGGCCAUGAAGGCAUUGGAGCCAGAAUUAUUUGAAAAAACUGCCAAAUGCUUAGAGGAAACUUAUUAUUCUGACACCAAUCGCUCUUGGUAUAUUGACUUCCUAAAGCUGGCUUGCAAUGUGGCCAAAGAUGCUGUUACGAAAAUGUAUCCUGACUCUAAAUAUGAGACAAUAGCCAGCAAUUAUUUGCAAGAACAAUUAUACGAUGAUCAAAUCAAUUUGGUAUCCACCAGAUCCAAACUAUCUGUCUUUGGCCAUGGAGACUGUUGGACCCCGAAUUUCCUGACACGCUAUACAGCCGAAGGACAACCUGAGGCCAUUAAGAUUAUCGACUUCCAAUUGGCCCGCUGCGCUUCAGUCGUUGUGGAUAUUUCAUUUUUCAUAUACUCAUGUACCAGUCAAGAGUUGCGUGAAAAAGACUAUGACACACUGCUCAAAGCCUAUCACGAGAGUGCUUGUGACCUCAUCAAAGAUCUGGGUGCUGAUCCCGACACAGUACUGCCUUGGCAGGCGUUAAUGGAUGAAUUGAAAGAAUUUGCCCGCUUUGGUUGUGGCAUGGGCAUUGAAUCGUUGCCCAUGUCCAUGUUGGAAGAAGAUGAGAUUGCCGAUUUAGAUGAAAUCACUGCCGAUUCAGUAUUGGUUGAUGUUUGGAAUUUGAAACCAUUCGAGCAACCGGAAAAACGUCAACGUAUUGCCGAUAUGUUCAAACAUGCCAUAGAUCAGGGUUAUAUAAAAUAAUUUUUAUAUAAUUUAUAUAUAAAUAAUUUUUAUAUUUUUAUAUAAUAUCAUUUAAUGAUAUUAAAACCUUUACACUACCACUGCUCUGACAAUUGAUAGAUGUUAUAAAUGUAUAAAGGAAUGGAGGUAUUACAUGUUUCUAUAUAAAUGUACAAAUUAUACUUACAUAUUUUAAGCCAAUAAGUUUAACCAUAGAAGAAAUUUGUUUUAAAUCUCUUGGGGUACAAAUUAUUUUAUAUUUCAUAGCAAUCGUUCCUGCAAUAGCCAAAAUAAAUUAAUUACCAAAACGCACCGAA